CUAAAACGUCUCUUAAAAUGGCGAUUGUUACCGAUAGAAGAAGUUUAAAAUAAAUUUAAAUUUUCAUCUAUUAACUGCCAAUUAAGACAUAAAAUUUACAGAAAGCUGUCUAAAAUAUAAGCGCGAAUUUCUACCAUGUAAGAAUGAAUUAAUUGUGGAGAAGUAUAUAUCUUAAUAUAUGACAUUGGUCACAUAUAGAUAAAUACAUAUAUACAUAUAUUAAAGUAGUGACGCAUUUAAAUUUUGUUUUAAAAUUUUUGAACUUCGUAAACACAUUUUAAGUUGAAAAAUAUUAAUAUAAACAGUUCCUUGUAAUAAUCGAAGUAUCUGUUCAAUUGUGAUCAAUCCUUGUAUUCGGAUUAACGAAGCGUUACAAACCAGAAAACUUAAAUGAAUCAACACCAAAUCCAGCAACUAACUUCUCACCUAUCUCAGGCGCUUGAUCAAAACUAUGAUGUCAUUAAUAUGGAUGCAGUUCUUUCUGUUAUAUGUGCGUUGGAAGGCACAAAAAUUACGAAGGAACAAUUGGAAGCCACCAGAUUGGCAAAAUAUAUUAAUCAACUAAGACGGAGAACUACAAAUGAGCAUCUGGCGCGUCGUGCCAAGUCACUUUUGAAAAAGUGGCGAGAAAUGGUGGGAAUUCAACAAACUGUUGAUUCUCAGCAGCAAACUUCUCAGCAGACGGAAUCUUUAGAUUUUCUUAAAUCCGCACCGCCAAUUCCACAUUUUCCUGAGAUAAAUUCUCAUUUGCCAAUUUCCUCCUCAAUGCAGCCGCAGGAAAUAUUCUCAGAUAUUAAUGUGAAUAUUGACCAGUCAGAAACUCAGUCACUUUCUAUGCAUUCUCAGGCUCAUUCAACCUUAUCAAGCCCUUACAAUAACAUAAUCGAUUUGGAUCGCAGAGAAAAUAACUCAACAAUUUCUGCCCAUAAUUACCAUAAUCGACUAUCACAUAACAUUGUCGGCGGAGCCGUUAAUGCGCCACAGAGGCAGCUGAUGAAACAAUCUUUAAACUCUUUUUCUAGUAUGUCUGAUGUAUGCAAUAAAAAAUUUAACGAAGUUUCAGUUGUUAUUGACAUAGUCUCAGACUCUGAUGAAAAUGACAAUGAUAGUACUAAAAUAGUUAGAUCUGACAUAUCUGAGCCAUCAUCACUCGUGAUCCCAUCAUCGCCGAGUCUACGUUUGAAAAAAAAUAGAAAAGACAAAAAAAAUGAACCAACACUACAUAGACCAAACACGAAAAUAGGGGAAAAAAAUACAGAUGGAAUAUUACAUCCCCCAGAUUCUGAGGUAUUUUCACUAUCAAACAGUUCGAUGAGCUCAAUUUUAUCAGGCGAUGCCACAAUGGGAAAUAACAGCAAUAAAAAACGGACAAACUCAAGUGAAUUGACAUUUAGUGGCAGAUUCAAUUCAAUAAAUCAACAGGAGGAUUUAAAUCAGAAUAACUUCUGCAUAUUUUCCGCAAAAAAUAAUGUGUCUUCCCAUCUAAAUGAAAUUCAUAAACCAUUAUUUGAAGAUUAUAAUGCUAAUGACUCUAGUGCAUCUUGUAGCCGUUUUUUUUCUAUCGUCAAUACACAAAAUUCGGAAAAAUUAAAUGAUUUUUAUAAGCAUAAACAAUCAAUCGCUUCUCAAAUACACUUGCCAGUUGAGGCCCUUUGUCCUGUUUCAAACACGACUGAAUUAUUAAAUGACACAACCGAGUCACGUUCCCAAAAAAAACGUGGUCGUAAAAAGGGAUCUAGAGGUGUGGAUGCUGUAAUUUCUAAAGAGUCGUCUAGCUUAUGCCAGCAAAUCUUCUCAGGCAGCUCUGCUGUUAAAAAAGUCAAAACAACUAAAGAACUUUUUAAUGAAAUUCAGAGCAGAAAAUUAAGUACUACUGCGCACUCUUCAACAUUUCGUAAUUUGACUAAAUGUGCACGAAUAAAAAGGAGAACGUCGUCAUGUUCAGAAGCAUCAAUAAAUUCACCAAAUUUAAUCGAAAAUUACUCGAGCAACGUUACUCUUUUGGAUGUUGAUAACUUUUCAAAAAAAGUUCGUGAAACUGUUAAUACGGAUAGUGAUACUUCAGACCACUUCAGUAGCAAAUCCCAAGAAGUUAAGGAGUGUACAUCUUUGGAUAGCAACAGCUGUAGUCGUCAGACUUCCUCAUUCGUUAAUUACUCUAGGAGCUUUACCACGGAAAGUUUAAAUGAUAUUACCACACAGCUAAUGCACCUUAUUAACAGCUUUGGUAGCCCAAUCAGUGUGCAUGAGAUUGAGGAAUCUUACCAAGCUCAACUAGUACCCUGUAGUUGCAUAAUUUUUGAAAAUGAUAUUAACUUGUUGAGAGAGUCGAAACCUUUCACAUCAGAUUACCAGGGAAAUAAAGCCAAUCCUGGCAUAAAAUGCAAAGGAAAGUUCGAUCAUAAUACAAAACAAGAAAAGAUAAGUACAAGUCAUGAGCAGUCAACUGAGAAGGAAGAAAUUCUGAAAAAACCUCAGAAGUCUAUAUUUGAUUUAGAUUUUGAAGAUGAAGAUGAUUCACUGAAGUCUUUAGUGAACGCAUUUCCAAAACCAGUAGCUAAUAAAGCGACAGAGAAGAUAUCAAAACCACAUAUUUUUACAAAUAAAUUUUUAUUGAGUUUGAGCAAUACCAAUAUCGAUGCUCAACUUGACAGCUGUAGUCAAGAAAAUGUCGAUGAGUUACCUAAAGUAAUUCAAUCUGUAUUUACCAUAAACGAGGAUCCAGAUUGCUUAGCAAAAAAAAGAUUCUAUGUGCAAACUAAUAAAGUUAGUAGUUUUCACAUUAAUGCAUUGCACAAUUACUAUAUUCCAAAUAUUAAUGGAAAUUGGGAUAGUAUAGAUGAAUCUAUUUCUUUCAAAUCAAUAAAUGAUUUUCUGAAUACUUUAUAUUCUUACAAUGUAACAAAUGGAUCUGACGUUGUACCCAAAUACGGGUUUCUUCAAUAUGAUCAUAUUAGAAAAGAUUUAAGUUCGCUUAAAUUUUUCAAACCUACCCAAGUAAAAUCUUUUCAGAAAGAUUUUUCACCUUUUCUUGGAGUUGCUAAAUGCUUGCCAACAUGUAGAAAAUAUAAGCGCAAAACCUUAGAUAGUCAUAAUGAAAGUGCAGACCAAACUUUUAAAAACAAGCUAAAUCGGGACUGUCCACUCCAGAUCGAUACUGAAAUACCAAUCUCUGAUAUGAUUACCUACAACAACAGCUUGGAAAAUAUGAAAUACAAAGAAAGCUAUUUUAAUCCUGCCCUAGUCGAUCAUUUUGAUAGUAGCUAUAUUUCAGCAAUCAGUAACAAUUUGCUAACAUUCGCUAAUAAAAAAGAGAUACGUGAUGGACAUGCUGUGGAUCUAAAAACUCAAGACAAUGCCAACCCUAUUUGUAAAAACAGUUGUAAGUCUCCAACUUUAAAAAACGUGUCAAAUAUUGGUAAAAAAAAAGCUCAAAUAAGAAGACACGAAAAAAAUCGUAAAAGACGUGGUCCAGGUGGUGGACAAAAACAAGAUUCUGAGGAAAACACUUAUUUAAUGAGGAAAAUCAAACGGAUUAAAAUAAGCUUAAAUGACACAAUAACUGACCGGAGGGGUGAAAAUAAUAGCAGUGAAAAUGACGAUACUGUGAACCAUAUUGAGGUUGAUGGACAACAUGGGAAAAAUGAAUAUGAAAUUGUGCACCGUACGAGCAAUGAUGGCGGUGUUUCUAGCAAUCAUAUCGUAUUGACAAUCAAAAAAACUCCAAAAAAUUUAUUCGAAACUGAAAUUUUAAAAGAAUCGUCAUCCACCCCUAAUCUCAACUUCUCAACCCUCUCAAAUUCAUUAAUUCUUUCCAAAGAAAGUUUGCCUAUCCGUCAUCGGAAUCGUCAUCUUGAUCGACAAACAAUUCGAAAGUCUUUUUCUCGUAAAAGUAAUACCGUUGAUUUGGACUUAAAGCAUUGGUUUCGCUUUAAGGACAAAGUGAAAAAUACUGUUAAAAAAAAACAAAGACUUCAUAAGAAACUUUUUUUUGAAGAUGAAUUGUUAACAGAGAAUUUUAGGGGUCAAAAACACAGAAUAAUAAAUUACAGCAGUAGUAGCUCUAGUUUCGAUGACAGCGAUUUUGAAUACAUUGCAGUGAAAAAAAAAGGUGAUGCAAAAAAAAUCGCAAAAUCAAAUAUAAAAGAAAUUGAUAGAAGCGUUCAAUCCGUGCUACCUGUAAAAUUAGUUGAGGACAAAGACGUACUUUCGCUGGGUAGCGACGAAGAAAAAGAUAUUAAUUUAAUUCAUUCUACUUCUAAAAUAAUAAAAAACAAUGUUCAUGAAUAUGAAAUUUUAAGAAACAAUGGUAUGCUGUUAUCAUUCAAUUCGAUUUUUGCUAAGAAACACAGCUUAAUAAAUAAUUUAAAUUCUGUUGGAGGUAAUUUACCUAAGGAAGAAAAAGGUUCCCUGGAUAUAUUACAAACUGAGCUCAAUAACGUUUGUAAUAUAAACGAGGAUGUUGAACUUAGUUGUUUAAAAAAUAGCAUCCAUGUUAACAAUAGUAAAAUUGAACUUAUUGGACAAAAAUCAUCUUCAAUUGGAGCCUUAUUAAAUAAUCAAAAAUGUCAUGAUGAUGAUGAAUGUUUUGAAGCAGUCGAGUCUCCUAGUAUUGAGCAUCGUAUUGGUAUUCGCCUAUCAAAGAAUAAUUUAGACAACGUUGUCCAAUCUACUUCAACAAUCCAAAAAUUUAAGGAAUGGCACCAAGUUCUUCAAUUAAAAUCUUACAACGAUGAACCUUUAAUUGUUAUGCCAUACGUGGUUCUUGAAUGAACUUUGAAUUCACAAGCUGUUUGAUCACAAGCAUUUAAAAAAAAACACCAUCUAGCUAAUAAAAACACAACUGAAUUUAAAAAAAAUAAAAUUAAAAUAUGUGUAAUCUUGUCAAUGUUUUUUAGAUGUCUCUUUUUGGUAAUUCGUUAUUAUUAAUAAUUUAAGCAGCUUAUGAUAUGUUUUAAAAAAGCAAUGAGAAAAAAUUAUUUUACAUAUUGUAUAUGUUUGUAGGUUUAGUAUAAGAAAAUUUAAUACUUCUAUAAAAAUUCUUUUGUUACAUAAAAUUUUUUUUUAAACAUUUUUUUGAGAAAAUACUUCAGUUAUUUUUUCAACCAUAAAACUGGAAAAUUGUGCAGUAACCGUAAAUAAACCUGAUUCGUUCUUACAUUUUAAA